GGGGCGCCUGUGGGAGUCGAGGAGGGAACUUUCCCAGGCCCCGAGGCGGAUCGGGUGUUGAGUCCAUGGAGCGAGCUGAGAGCUCGAGUACAGAACCUGCUAAGGCCAUCGAACCUAUUGGUCGGAAGUCAGUCCAUCAGAUUUGCUCUGGGCCGGUGGUACUGAGUCUAAGCACUGCAGUGAAGGAGUUAGUAGAAAACAGUCUAGAUGCUGGUGCCACUAAUAUUGAUCUAAAGCUUAAGGAUUAUGGUGUGGAUCUCACUGAAGUUUCAGACAAUGGAUGUAGGGUAGAAGAAGAAAACUUCGAAGGCUUAACUCUGAAACAUCACACAUCUAGGAUUCAAGAGUUUGCCGACCUAACUCAGGUUGAAACUUUCGGUUUUCGGGGGGAAGCUCUGAGCUCACUUUGUGCACUGAGCAAUGUCACCAUUUCUACCUGCCAUGCAUCGACAAAGGUUGGGACUCAGCUGGUGUUUGAUCACAAUGGGAAAAUCAUCCAGAAAACCCCCUACCCCUGCCCCAGAGGGACCACAGUCAGCGUGAAGCAGUUAUUUUCUACGGUACCUGUGCGCCAUAAGGAAUAUCAAAGGAAUGUUAAGAAGAUGUGCCUGCUUCCCCUUCACCUUCUGCCAUAAUUGUCAGUUUCCUGCGGACUCCCCAGCCACGCUUCCUGUACAGCCUGCAGAACUGACUCCUAGAAGUACCCCAACCCCCACCCCCACCCCUGCUCCUAGGAGGACAACGUGAUCACUGUAUUCAGCUCCAUCAAGAACGGUCCAGGUUCUUCUAGAUGAUCUGCACAAAUGGCUCCUCUCCUCCUUCCUGGUGUCUGCCUUUAGCAUUGGAAUAAAGUUCCUGCUGAAAAUCCACAUCUCCCCUGGGCCCAGUGUUCUGGAAGUGAGAGAGACGAUGUGACACUUCAAGGAGGCAGCUCUCGAGACAGGAAGGUUAUUCACAUCCCAUGUCAAGUCUAACUAGAGUUCAGAGCAAUUGAGAAAUGCAAUUUUAUCUCCUGCCUUUCAUUCUAUAUCCUGCUUCUGAACCAUCGUGUUCAAAUGUGAUACUCACGCUUUGGUGACCAUGACUCCAAAACUCACUUAAUACACCCAAGGUCAGCCCCAGUGAUCUGCUUCAUAGCAAGGACUUUAGGUGGGUCUGCCCAGGGAGUAGGGCACCCUCAGAGAAUGUGGCUUUGGACUUCAUCACAGCUGGGGCCUUUCGUGUCACUUAAGAUCUAAACUUGCAACCAUGCUAGAUCUGUUUCUAAUGUGACAACAUCGCGAACCACGAGUCCAGAAGCCUAAUCCUAAUCCUCCCUCCUCAUGAUGAAGUCUCAUGCUCUGUGCUUAAUGUGGUUAGCUGCGCAAGAUGUAACCAAAGCUUCACUGAACCCUCGACCCAAAUCGGUAUCUCAGGUGUGUCAAUCAUAAUGAACCUCCCCGAACUCAGUAUGAUUAUUUUUGAGUUAGGGUCUCACUCUGUCACCCGGGCUGGAGCGCAGUGGCAGGAUCAGGGCUCCCUGCAGCCCUGACCUCCCAGGCUCCAGCGAUCCUCCCGCCUCAGCCUCCUGAGUAGUUGGGAGUAGAGAUGCCUCCCACAUCGCCUGGCUAAUUUUUGUAUUUUUGUGGAGAGGGGAUCUCGCCACGUUGCCCAGGCUUGAAGCUGGAUCAAGCAAUUGGGUUCCUCGGAUUUCCAAAAUAGACCUCAAUAUUCUGCCUUUACCCCGGAGGAUGCAGUCGUACCUUCUCUCAGGCCGAUGACCUCAGGCCUCCACGGUCCCUGGAGCUCUAGGAAAGGCGGGCGCGAUCUCGCGCCCACACCCAGUGCUGUGGGUCAUAAGCCUGGAUCUGGAAAAACAAAUGCCCUUUGAGAAGACAGGGACUCCCCAGGAUACCCCUCCCUCCCCUCAUCCAGCCUCCAGCCCACCCGAUUCCUCCCCACCUCCUCCACCUCCCAAGGCCCCACCCACCUCCUCCAACUCCUCCGGGGAAACCCAAGCCCUGCAGCGCAUGGAACAGAAGAACUGGAACCGAAGCUUGUGGAACAAGGCUAUCUGAGAGCGGAUCUUCUUGGCCCUCCAGUUCAUGGAAUGGCGUAACUGGAACUGAUGCUUAUGGAAAAAGGGUAUGUGAGAGCGGGUAUUCCCAUACAGGAAGUAGAAGAUGUUUUGUUUGGGGGCCUCGUCAUCCUCCUCCAUGUCAUUGGCCAGGUAGCUGGGGACAGAAAUCAGGUUACUGCUCAGGGGCACCACCAGGAGAGACCUCCGGCUGAGGUCAGCUUCCCAGAGAGGGGGGCAGGGGACCAUCCCUAGUUCAGGACUGGCACCCACCCUGCAGAGAGCCACGCCUUCCUCAGGAGGGCUCUGCUGGACAGAGACCUGAUCAAGGGCGUCUCCCACUCCUUCAGGAUAGAGACAAAAACCUAAUUGGUGACCAAGAGUGGUGGCUUAUGCCUGGAAUCCCAGCACAUUCGGAGGCCGAAGCAGGAGGACCACUUGAGGCCAGGAGUUUGAGAUGGGCUUGGGCAACAUAGCAAGACCUUCGUCUCUAUUACAAGUAUAAGAAAUAUGCCAGACGCGGUGGCUCCUGCCUGUAAUCCCAGCACUUUAGAAGGCUGAAGCAGGUGGAUCACUUGAGGCCAGGAGUUGGAGACCAGCCUGGUCAACAUGGAGAAACCCCAUCUCUACUAAAAAUACAAAAAUCAUCCUGGUGUGGUAGCAUAUGCGUUAUUCCUAUCUACUCAAGAGGCUGAAGCAUAAGAAUUGUGUGAACCCAGGAGGCGGAGGCUGCAGUGAGUUGAGAUUGGGCCACUCCAUUCCAGCCUGAGAGGCAGAGCAAGACUCUGUCUCAAUAAAUAAAUAAAUAAACAAACAAACUGUCCAGGUGUGGUGGCACAGCCCUGUAGUCGGAGCUAAUCAAGAGGCUGAGGUGGGAGGAUCGCUUGAGCCCAGGAUAUGGAGGCUGCAGUGAGCUAUGAUCUCACCACUGCACUCCAGCUUGGGGGACAGGGCAAGUCUGUCUCAAAGAAAUAAAAGAAAUUGAAUACA